CCGAUAUUCCGGAUAUAAAUUACUAAUUACCUGAGUCAAUGGUGUCAUUUGUCUGGUGUAAGGGAAAUAUAUUUGUUAAUUGUUACUUUUAUUCCGGAUUCAUGAGGAGUUGCAGAUAAAAUGGAUAAACAUGUAGUGAAUUCGCCAUUAUUGGACGAAGAAGAUUCAAAUGAGUCAUUUAAUGAAAGUGAGAGCUUAAACACGCAUGGAAAAGACGAAUCACAGAAUGUCAACUCUCGUCAGUCUCGUGAACAGACAGCAGAAGACGAGGUCAACGAGGACCAUGAACAGGAAUUCCAUACUAAUAAAAAAGGGAGUAUAUUUGAAAGGUGUGGAUGUUCACCAACUAUUAUGAUAUGUGUAAGCCAUGCUUUGUCUGCUUGGGGUGACAGAAUGUGGAUGUAUGCUAUAUCUAUAUUCCUAAUUGCUCUCACUCCAGGAUCAUUUCUUUUUACUGCUAUUUACGGGUUGGCUGUAUCAUUGUCUGUAGUUGCUUUUGGAACAUUAGUUGGUGACUGGAUUGAUGUAACUCCACGACUAAAAGCUGCUCGUCUCACGUUAAUCAUCCAAAAUGCCGCAGUGGUAGCUUGCGCUGUCGUUAUCUUAAUCAUGUUUAAACAAAGUAUUUCAAGCCCUAUCUUUUUUAUUCUGGCUGUUUUCCUUGUUUUGCUGGCUAUUGUAGCCCGUCUUUCAAGUCUUGGGACUACUAUAGCCAUUGAAAGAGACUGGGUUGUAGUAAUUGUCAAAGAGGACGAGUCCCUGCUCGCAGGUACAAAUUCCAUAUUACGUCGCAUCGAUUUAACCUGCAACAUCCUCGCUCCUGUUUCCACUGGUUUAAUCAUUGAUUAUGGAUCGAAGGCAAUAGGAGUUCUAUUCAUAGCCGGUUGGAAUAUCGUGUCAUUAUUUGUCGAGUACACUUUGUUAUCGUCAGUUUACCGUUCCUGUCCAGCCCUCGCGAAAAAAACAGUCGAUGUUAGUCGACUUGAAGACAAUGACUUUGAAACGGAUGAAAAUCUUGUCAAUGUUGAUUUAUCUGAAAACGAUGAAGAUGGAACAAUUUUGGUGCCCAGGGUAAAGACGUCGCUGGGAUUUAAAAUGCACUGCAAUCUUCUAGUCGAUAAAGUGAAGCGUCGAGCACGAAUUAUCCGUUUUGGUUUAAAACUAUUUUUCCAACAACGUGUGGCGUUUGCAGGGAUCGGACUAGCUUGUUUAUAUUUGACUGUAUUGGGCUUUGAUAGUAUAACCACAGCUUAUGCGUAUUCACAGCAUGUGAGUGCUUUGGCAUUAGGUAUCUUAACAGGCGCUGGUGCCUUGACUGGAAUCCUUGGCACUUUCAUAUUCCCGCAACUACGGAAAAUGUUUGGACUAGUUAAGACUGGAAUGAUUUCCAAUUCUGUUCAGUUAUUCUUCCUCAUGUUUUGUGUGGCUGCUGUCUGGGCUCCAGGCCACCCCGGCCAUUUGCUUGACCCAAAUUAUCACGAUGACACCAUCAGUAGAAACGGCGAAAUUAUACUUAGGAACAGGUCAGUGCUGUCGACAAAAAGUUUAGUAAGUUCUAUCAGUGUAACUCCGUCGCUAUUUGAUGCGCAAAGUAGCCUAAUCCUACGCCCAACGGUGACUAAACAUCAAAACUCGUCGUUUUCCUCUAAUUACUCCGUGUUUAUAUCAUCAAAGAGUAUAAAUCCUUCUUCGUCCAUUCCUUUAUCGCUAAUCACCUCAAUACCUGCUGCUUUCAAUGCAACGAACACUGGAAAUGAUACCAAAGGUGAUACAAAACGAUCUCAUAACCACAAAGAUUCAAACUUCAUUUCGCUUGGCUUGCUGAUGGGCGGAAUAGUGAUGUCUAGAAUAGGCCUAUGGAUGACAGAUUUGGUGAUUACUCAAUUGUUUCAAGAAAACGUUGCAGAACAGGAGCGCGGGAUUGUGAGUGGUGUGCAGAAUUCCUUUAAUAGUAUCAUGGAUGUUGUUCAUUUCGUUAUGGUGACUGUGGCUCCUAAACCGGAAGAUUUUGGUGCGUUGAUUCUAAUUUCUGUGGGAAUGGUGUCUCUUGGGUUGGCGUUUUAUUCCCGCUUUGCAUGGAAUCAUCGUAAGAGACUAAAGCAUUUGGAGAAACUGAGUCACUGGAGUGCCAGUAAUGAGUCGAUUGAAGGCACGUCAAGGCGGUUAACAGACGACAGCAGAAGUAAUUCAAAGAGUGACAUUUCAAGCGGUAUUCUAACUGUUACAAAUGAUAAUUAUUCCACAUUAGAAUCCUGAGACUUCAUGGGACAUGGAAAAUCCUUACUUUUGAAAGAUUUGUAAAAGGACAUGCAGAGUGUAUAAAAAAAGGGGAGUUAGGGGAUAGUUUUUCAAGUAACUCUUGAAAUAAUUUUUUUUUAAUAAUUGGCUUAUCUUAAUACAAAAUUUAAUGGACGAGUCGACUUGCACUUUAGACUAAUUGCUUACCUCGGCGAUAAAAAGUACAUUUUCUGAAAGAGGUUACCGCUAAAAUUAGUCAACUGCCAAGUUUGGCUGCGAAUUGUUGUAAAUUACGGAAAAUACAGCGAUGCGAAGUUCACGAAUUUUGUAUACU